UCAGUCACAACACGGUGGGGCUCCCUGGCUGCGCCCGGCCCGGCAGCUACGGGCCCAGCGCCUGUUGGCGGCGCUGAGGGGUCGCCGAGAGGGGCCCGGCGGCGUCUGCGGGGGCCGCUCCCUCCGUGGGCCGCGGGCGAGGCAGGAGCGCGGGCUCCCCCUGCCUCUGGAGCGCCGGCGGGGGACGGCGGGGCAGGAGAUGUGCCUGUCCUUAGCGGCCCAGGAAGCAGCAUGCACCCCGAUGCGACCGACAGUGGCGGCGCCGGCCUCAGCCCCGCGCGGGCCGCAGGCGCCGGCCGUCCUGUCUCGGGCUUCAGGGGCGAGCGGCGGCCAGAGUCCCCGGGCGACGCGGAGGCAGCAGCGGCGGCGCCGGGGGCCCCGGGCGGCCGGAGCUGGUGGAAGCCCGUGGCGGUGGCCGCACUUGCCACCGUGGCCCUCUCCUUCCUGGGGCCCGGCAGCGGGGAGGCGGCGGGGGCCCCGGGGCUGAGCUCCGUCCUGCUCAGGCUCAGCCUGUACCUGAGCUGCGCUGCGGCCACCUUCCUGCUGGGGACCCUGUUCGCCCUCGUCUGCCGGAGCCCGCGCGCCCCGCCGCCCGACUUCGCCGCCGCCUGGAGCCGGCUGGCCGCGACCUCAGACGCCCGCCGCCCUCCUGGGAGUCCUGUGUAUGGAAACUCACAUGAGUCAGUUCAGUUUAGAAGGGUAGUAAUUUCUCAUAAUAUGGAUAAAGCUCUGAAAGAAGUGUUCGACUACAGUUACAGAGAUUGCAUUCUGUCCUGGUAUGGAAACCUCAGCAGAGAUGAGGGACAACUUUACCAUGUGCUCUUGGAAGACUUUUGGGAAAUUGCCAGACAGCUGCACCACAGACUGAGUCACGUGGAUGUAGUUAAAGUUGUCUGCAAUGAUGUUGUGAGGACUUUACUCACUCAUUUCUGUGACCUGAAAGGUGCUAAUGCCAGACAUGAACAGCCAAGACCUUUUGUGUUGUACGCAUGCUUGAGGAACUCAGAUGAUGAAGUAAGAUUUCUACAAACGUGUUCUCGGGUUCUGGUGUUUUGUCUCCUCCCCUCAAAGGAUGUGCAGUCUCUCAGCUUACCUAUAAUGCUUGCAGAAAUUCUCACAACAAAAGUCCUGAAGCCGGUAAUGGAGUUACUGAGUAAUCCAGAUUACAUUAACCAAAUGCUGCUUGCCCAGCUGGAGUACAGAGAGCAGAUGAAUGAACAUCACAAGAGAGCCUACACCUAUGGCCCCUCUUAUGAAGACUUCAUCAAGCUCAUUAACAGCAACUCUGAUGUGGAGUUCUUGAAGCAACUAAGGUAUCAAAUUGUAGUGGAAAUAAUCCAAGCGACUACAAUUAGCAGCUUUCCCCAACUGAAGAGGCACAAAGGUAAAGAAACUGUGGCAAUGAGGGCCAGGAACAUGAAGAGGUACAUCAACCAACUGACUGUGGCAAAGAAGCAGUGUGAGAAGAGAAUCCGAAUCCUGGGAGGCCCUGCCUAUGACCAGCAAGAGGAUGGGGCCGUGGAUGAGGGGGAAGGGCCUCAAAGCCAGAAGGUAGAACUUUAUAGUUUCUUGUUUUGACCCUACCAAGUUUAUUAUAAAUGCUGAUAGAACUACAUAUAAAGACUUUUAACUUAAAAAAAAAAAAAGAAAAAUUUUUGAGGUGAUAGAUAUGCGCUUACCCUGACUUGAUAAUUAUAGAUCGUAUACAUGUAUCAAAAUAUCACAUUGUGCAUCUAUUGAUUUGGCAAAUAAGCUAAUAAAGAAAUUUAAAAAGAAACAAAAUAUCACAUAUAGUCCCAAAAUAUGUAUAACUAUGAAAUAUCAAUUAAAAAUAUUAAAACUAAAUUGAGAUAUACAUUGAAAAGGAGGGAUGAAGUUACUAUAAUUAUUAGGAUGUGUGUUCUUACACCUAGACAUCUCCAGAGAAUCAGUUGAAAGUUUAUUUCUUUAAAAAUUAUGGGGGGAGGGUGGAACAAAAAGGCAGAACAUAGAGGAAUUUGAGGACAAUAAAACUAUUUUAUGUGAUAAUUGUGAUGGUUAAUACUCAGUGUCAACUUGACUGGAUUAAAGGAUGCAAAGUAUUGAUCUUGGCUGUGUCUGUGAGGGUAUUGCCAAAGGAGGUUAACAUUUGAGUCAGUGGGCUGUGAAAGAUAGACCCACUCUUAAUCUGGGUGGGCACAAUCUAGUCAGCUGCCAGCAAGGCCAGAAUGAAAAGCAGGCAGAAGAAUGUGAAAAGACUAGACUGACUUAGCCUCCCAGUCUACAUCUUUCUCCCAUGCUGAAUGCUUCCUGCCCUCGAACAUUGGAGUCCAACUUCUUCAGUUUUGGGACUCAGACUGGUUUCCUUGCUCCUCAGCUUGCAGAUGGCCUAUUGUGGGACCUUGUGAUCAUGUGAGUUAAUACUCCUUAGUAAUACAACAUAUACAUAUGUAUAUAUAAAAUAGUAUAUCCUAUUAGUUCUGUCCCUCUAGAGAACCCUAAUACGAUAAUAGAAUGGUAGAUAUAUGUCAUUCAUUAUACACUUGUCAAAACCCAUAAAAUUUACCACUCCAAGAAUGAACCAUAAUGUAGAUUGUGGACUUUGGGUGAUGAUCAUCUGUUAAUGCAGGGUCAUCGAUUAUAACAUAUUCCAUUCUCACGCUGGAUGUUGAUAGUGAGGGAGGCUGUGCAUGUAUGUGGGCAGGAAGUAUAUAGGAACUCUCUGUACUUUCUGCUGUGUGUAUUUUGCUGUGAAUCUAAAACUUCUCUAAAAAGUAAAGUUUAUUUAAAAACUAAUAGAAUUCAGUUAGAUUUCUGUGUGAAAAUGUGAAUUUGGAAAUCAAUAAUCUUUACAUAUAUUGAUACCAGUUAGAUUUUAUGGAAAAAAAUCCUAUUUACAGUGGAAAUUUUUAAAAGAUACAUAGGAAUAAAUUUGAGAAAUAUGCAAGUUAUUAUGAAUAAAUUAUUUAAAUACUAUAAUGAUACGUGAAAUAAAUGAAAAGGCAUACCAUGUUCUUGGACAGGAAUACUCUAUAUCAUAAAGAGAUCAACUAUUUUUAGGUUAAAUUUUAAUGUCAUUUAAAUCCACCUUAAAAUAAACCACAACAUUUUAGAGUAGAACUAGACAAGAUUAUUCUAAAGU